GCACUCUCCCGCCCCACGACUGCCCCCUCUCCAUGAUCAUGCCUGCUGGCCCGCCAUCAGCACGCUCCCGCCAAACUACCCCUCCUCGCGCACCCACACACUGGCACACACGACUGCGCCGCUUUGCCUGAGCGCCCGCCAACAUGUUUGAAAAGUCUCUCUUCGACCUCAUCCGAGGCCUGCGCAACCACAAAGGCAAUGAGCGCGAAUACAUUGCCGAGAGCAUCAAAGAAUGCCGCAAGGAGAUUCGCACAAACGACAUGGACCUCAAGGCCACGGCGCUCAUGAAGCUCACCUAUCUCGAGAUGUUUGGCCACGACAUGUCGUGGGCCAGUUUCAACGUCUUGGAAGUCAUGUCGAGCUCCAAGUUCAAACAAAAGCGCACGGGGUAUCUGGCUGCUGUCCAGAGCUUUCGGAGGGACACCGAGGUCCUGGUGCUGGCCGAGAACCAGCUCAAGAAGGAUAUCACGAGUACAAGCCCCCAGUACAUUGCUCUCCCGCUUGGCGCCAUUCCCCACGUCAUCAACCCGAGCAUGGCCAACUCGGUCCUAUCCGACUUAAUACCCCGGUUAACCCACUCGCACCCCAUGAUUCGGAAAAAGACCGUCGUCACCCUCUACAGACUGGCGCUAGUCUACCCAGAGACACUGCGCCCGGCAUGGCCCAAGAUCAAGGAGCGCUUGCUGGACGACGACGAGGAUCCGAGCGUGACGGCUGCCAUUGUAAAUGUCGUAUGCGAGCUGGGAUGGAGGCGACCACAAGACUUCUUGCCGCUGGCCCCCAGGCUGUUCGAUCUGUUGGUCGAAGGGGGAAACAAUUGGAUGGCCAUCAAACUCAUCAAACUUUUUGCUACCUUGACCCCGUUGGAGCCCCGGUUGAUUAAAAAGCUGCUCCCACCUCUCACUAAAAUCAUCCGGGAAACAUCUGCCAUGUCGUUGCUGUACGAGUGCAUCAGUGGUAUCAUUCAGGGUGGCAUUCUAGAAGCCGUAGAAGGUACUGCAGAAGGCGAAGAGGUCGCGAGACUGUGCGUUGGCAAGUUGCGCGGCAUGAUGAUAAUAGAGGGUGAUGCAAACUUAAAAUACGUGGCGUUGCUCGCAUUCGAGAAGAUUGUUCGAUCCCACCCCUACCUAGUCGCUCAACAGCAAGAUGUCAUUCUUGAAUGCAUAGACGAUCCCGACAUCUCAAUCCGGAUGCGUGCUCUGGAUCUUGUUGUUGGCAUGGUGAACGCGGACAACCUCACAGCCAUUGUCGGGCGAUUGAUGCGGCAACUCCGCAACGCGCCCAUUGCAACGGCAGCAAACGACCCAAACAACGACCGGGCCAGACUGACAGGAGUCACACCUUAUGCCGACGACGAUUCAGACGUGGAGGAUAACCUGCCGCAGCACGAACAAAGGUCCAACCAACCGCCUCCUCUACCAGAUGAUUACCGCAUCAGCGUGAUUCGAAGGAUCCUGGAAAUGUGCUCCCGGGACACGUACAGCAACAUUGCCGACUUUGAGUGGUACAUUGAUGUUCUUACCCAGCUUGUUCGCGUAUCACCAGCUACAAAAGCAGCUUCGGCGAUGGAAGAGGAGGAAGAAUCAGAACAUUUUGAUGACAUAGGCGCUGGCAUUGGACUCGAGCUGCAAAACGUGGCUAUACGGGUGAAGAGCGUCCGAGCAGAAGCUGUGGAUGCUGCACAAUCGCUUGUCCUGGUUGAUCGACGAGACCAGAUGUUUCCGGCUUCUGGUAACGGCGGUCAAGGCGUGCUCGAGUAUGCUGGCUGGCUUGUCGGCGAGUACGCCCAAUACCUUACUAGACCGGAACCCGUCAUGACCUCCCUGCUACACCCCACUUCACUUCAGCUACCCUCGAGGACCCUCGCCAUAUACUUGCAGGCGAUACCCAAAGUCUUCUCAUCCAUGGCUGGAAACGAGCGAAUAUCAUGGACUCCAGAACGCAAGACUCUGAUGUCUCUUCUCAUGGCACGCAUCAUUCAUUUUCUAGAGCCGCUAUCUACACACCCUAGUCUUGAAGUUCAGGAACGUUCAGUCGAGUACCUGGAACUAAUGCGCCUUGCUGCAGAAGCUGCAUCGGGCACUACCGCUAGUGCGAACCAAGACGAGUUUACUGACCCGCCUCUCUUGCUUACACAGGCUAUACCUGCUCUCUUUUCUGGCGCCGAGCUGAACCCUGUAGCCCCAGGGGCGCAACGAAAAGUUCCCGUUCCCGAGGACCUGGAUCUCGACACACCCAUCAACCCCAAUCUGCAGCAUCUGCUCUCUGCAGUCGAUGCAGAAGGAUUCGAGACAGAAGAAGACGACGUGUAUGCAGCAUACUCGGAGCCGGCUGCUGCGUAUACAGAAGGACCAACUGUUGCAGCGCCGGCUGCAGACCGCCUGGAUGGACAGCAAAAAGAGCCCACUUCGUAUCAAAACGCUACAGAAGACGAGUAUCUGGAUCCCGACAUUCUUGCUCGCCGAAAAGCAGAGCGCAAGGAGCGCUACAAAGACGACCCCUUUUACAUUGAUCCUGAUGCAGACCGGGAUAGCGGACCAGUCACUCCACUGAGUCGAAUUGUUCGAGAUGGAAACAGAGAGAACAACGAACUCGACAUUGAUUCGAUACCGAUCAUGGAGCUCAAUCUCGACACCAAAGGCUCAUCUUCGUCUGAACACCUCCCGCGAUCGCGAAGCCCACGGAAACCCGUGCGCAGAGUGGACAUUAUGGGUGACGAGACGCUUGGGCCCAACGAACCAGACGCAUCAAGCAACAGAGAAGACAUUGUACAGGCACGAGGGGGCAAGGCGAAGAAAUCGCUUCUCGAGGUCGACAGCUCUGGCCUUGGUGCACUGAGUCUCGACGACGACGGCAGCGGCCCGACGAACCGCAAGCUCACGGCACUGGAGAUGGAGCGCAAGGCGCAAGAAGAAGCAGAAAUGAAGAGGGCGCUGCAAGAAGUGGAGCGCUUGCGCCUGGAAAUGCAGCGCGCGAGCGAGAGGCUUCUCGUGAAGGAAGAAGUAGCGGUGAAAAAGAAGAAGAAGAGAAAGGUCAGAAAGGUGGCGGUUGAGGGCGAUGAGCCGGAUCAAGAGCCGACGGCCGAGCCUCAAACUACUGCUGCUGGUGCUGGCGUUGACGAGGCAAACGAAGAAAAGGCUACGCCGGUGAAGAAGAAGAAAAAGAAAAAGGUCAAGCCUGCUGAGGGGGGUGACGAGCACGAUGCGGGAGCAGCAGAGGCGGGAGGUCAGGAAGAAGGUAAAGUCAAGAAGAAGAAAAAGAAGAGGCGGACGGUGGUUAUGGAUGAAGGGGAAGAUGCGCCGGUGGAGUAG